CUCAAAAUGAAAAUCGCCAUUGUUUUCGCUGCCAUCUUCGCUGUCGCCAUUGCCGCUGGUGACGUUGAAAUCUUGAAAUACGACCAUGACAAUCUCGGAGUUGACAGCUACAAAUUCGCUUUCGAAACCAGCGACGGAACCAAACACGAAUCAUCCGGAGUCUUGAACAACGUUGGAUCUGAUGCCGAAGAAAUUGCCGUCCGUGGAUCAUACUCCUUCGUUGCCGAUGAUGGACAAACCUACACCGUCAACUAUGUUGCCGACAAGAAUGGUUUCCAACCCGAAGGUGCCCACAUCCCAAAAGCCGAAUAA